AUGAAAGACGAAAUAGCCGCUACGGUUUUCUUCAUCACACGGCUGGUGAAGAAGCAUGACAGGCUGAGCAAGCAGCAGGUGGAGAAGUUCGCAUCCAAGCUGACGACGAUGCUGUUUGAGAGGUACAAAAAGCACUGGUACCUCGACAAUCCCUCAAAAGGUCAAGCCUUCAGGUGUAUCAGGAUAAACCAAUUCCAGGAAAGAGACCCUCUGCUGGAGCAGGUGUGUGCAGAGAGCAACGUGGACUUCAACAGCCUGGGCUUACCGAAGGAGCUGACGGUCUGGGUUGAUCCAUUUGAAGUGUGCUGCAGGUACGGUGAGAAGAACGCACCUUUCACGGUGGCUCACUUUGAAGGCAAUGAAGAGGACCGCGACAUCUCCCACGGCAUCCGCCAGGCUGUGGAGAAGGUCUUGACCUCCGACUUCCAGUCCAGCACCUCUGAUGAGGAGGGCUCCACCAUGCAGCCCAAAAGCAUCCCGACCGUCAGCAACCCAAAGAGCGUUUACCAGUGUGGAAAGCCAUUCCAGGCGUGGGCUCAUUAUUCUCUCCGGAAGGCACAUGUUCCUGGUGGAGUCCACCCCAAUCCUUCCAGUACUCACUACCUUCCAUACAAGGCCUACAAAACCUGCUGGCCGUCGGCCGUGUUCUCUGGUCCUCGCAUCGACAGAUACCACUGGGUCAACGCCAACCAAUAA